AUGUUCAAAUCCUACGGGAAAGUUGAUGAGCAUGAGCAAAUGGUGUUGGAAGCAAGGAAGAAAACCAGAAAGAGAAUCACAAUCAUAGGAUUGUCCUCGAUUGUUUUAGCAGCCGUUGUUUUUGCUGCUGUGUUUGGCAUUCGUGGCACCAACUCUUCAGAAGGUGCCAAUGAUGCUCACACUGUGACAGAUUCAGUGAAGGCUGUUUGUGAUGUGACAUUGUACAAGGAUUCGUGCUACAGCAGCCUUGGUUCUGCUGUGAACUCAAACCAGGUUCAGCCUCAGGAGUUGUUCCUGCUGUCAAAGAAGGUUGCCUUAUCUGAAGUGUCCAAAGCUGUUGAAUAUUUCAGUGAUCAUGAUCAUGGAGCUUUCAAAGGGGUGGUUGUGAAGAACAGCAGGACCAAGGAGGCUAUGAAAAAUUGCAGGGAGCUUUUGGGUCUUGCGGUUGAUCAUCUGAAUAGCUCUUUGACAUCAGGGGAAAACUUUUCGCUUAAAGUUUUUGAGGAUCUUCAAACAUGGUUAAGUGCUGCAGGUACAUAUCUGCAUACUUGUAUCGAAGGCUUUGAAGAUGAAAAAGAAGCAAUUAAGACAAGUGUAGUAAGCUAUCUUAAAAAUUCUACACAGUUUACCAGUAACAGUCUUGCCAUCGUUACCUGGAUCAACAAGGCUACAACCAAACUGAACCUUAGGCGCUUACUGAGUUUACCUCAUCACAAUGAAGCACCAGCAUGGCUUCCUUCAAAAGAUAGGAGACUCCUUCUGACAGAGGAUUUGAGGAAGAAAGCUGACAUUGUUGUGGCCAAAGAUGGCAGUGGGAAAUAUAAGAAAAUUUCUGAUGCACUUAAACAUGUUCCUGAUAAGAGCAACAAGAGGACUGUAAUCUAUGUGAAAAAAGGGAUUUACUAUGAAAAUGUGAGGGUUGAGAAGACCAAAUGGAAUGUGAUGAUGAUUGGUGAUGGAAUGACUUCUAGUAUUGUAUCUGCCAACCUUAAUUUUGUGGAUGGCACACCAACUUUUUCAACAGCAACAUUUGCUGUAUUUGGAAGGAAUUUCAUUGCUAGAGAUAUGGGUUUUAGGAACAGUGCUGGUCCACAGAAGCAUCAAGCAGUAGCACUAAUGACAAGUGCUGAUCAAGCAGUUUACUAUAGGUGCCACAUUGAUGCAUAUCAGGAUAGUCUCUAUGCUCAUUCCAACCGUCAAUUCUACAGAGAAUGUAACAUCUAUGGCACGGUUGAUUUCAUCUUUGGAAAUUCUGCAGUUGUGAUCCAAAACUGUAAUAUUAGGCCAAAGUUACCAAUGCAUGGCCAGCAAAACACAAUCACAGCUCAGGGAAAAACUGACCCUAACAUGAACACUGGGAUUUCCAUUCAGAACUGCAACAUUUCACCCUUUGGUAACUUGAGUUCUGUGGAGACAUAUCUUGGAAGACCCUGGAAGAAUUACUCAACCACAGUGUACAUGAAAUCCAGAAUGGAAGGUUUUGUGAACCCCAAAGGCUGGUUACCAUGGACAGGGAACUCAGCUCCAGACACCAUUUUCUAUGCAGAAUUUCACAAUGUUGGACCAGGUGCUUCAACAAAGAAUAGGGUGAAGUGGAAGGGUUUGAGAACCAUUACAAGUGAACAAGCCAGCAAGUUUACUAUCAAAGGUUUUCUACAGGGAGAUAAAUGGAUUUCUGCAGCAGGUGCCCCAUUUAAGUCUGAUCUAUGACAACAGCCAUAAUAUGCAAUUUGCAAAGCUCCCUUUGUCAAAAUUGUUUCCCCUUUUGGAUCAUUUUCCCUUUCCCUUGAUCUUCUUGAUUUGUAUUAUUAAUUUGAAAGUGAAUAACGAUUCUUUUCAUUUGACUAUUCUUUUUAUUCAUGCAUAGUUUGCACCAAUCUCUGUCCCUUCUCUCAAUUUUGUUUCACUUGGAGACAGGCAUGGAUUAUAAAAGAGAUCAAUAUUCUGAGAUUUUUCUUUUCAACUAGG